AUCAACCCAUCCAUUGACCUUCAAUCCUUCAUACCUCUCACUCGUCACAUGUCUUUGAGCUCGACCACCCGUACAUCAGUAUCCUGAGAACGCAAGCGCACCAGCUUCCUGACCCCCGCCCGAUUGUCUUUUCUCCGGUCAGCCGUCAGUCCGGCCGAUCCUUCAAGCUUGGAUCCUUUUUCCUAUUGUGAUUACCUUGGAUACACCCUUUGAGAACACCUCAGCCCUCACAUCGGCCUGCGAGCAAUCUACAAGAGGUCUAUCGACAGCCUACUGAGUCACUAUGAGUACGACCGCCAAACGAAGGCUGAUUCGAGACUUUAAACGGUUGGCGUCGGAUCCACCUGUGGGCAUCUCUGGCAGUCCGAAUCCUGAUAACAUCAUGAUCUGGAACGCUGUCAUCUUUGGACCUCCCGACACACCGUUCGAAGAUGGCUCCUUCCGACUCACCCUCACCUUUUCAGACUCCUACCCGAACAAACCCCCUACCGUCCGCUUCGUAUCUAAAAUGUUCCACCCGAAUAUUUACUCCAACGGCGAGCUGUGUUUAGAUAUCCUGCAAAAUCGUUGGAGUCCGACAUACGACGUAGCGGCCGUCCUGACCAGCGUACAGAGUUUGCUCAAUGAUCCAAAUCCUCAGAGUCCCGCCAACGUAGAGGCUGCGCAGCUGUACAAGGAUAAUAUCAAAGAGUACGAGCGGAGAGUCAAGACUACCGUGGAGGCUUCAUGGAUGGAUCCUAACGAGACUAUCGAGGAAGCACCAGCCGCAGGAUCCUCAGCCACGGCUCAGCCGGCGCCUGUCCAGGCAGCAUGAUCUCAAUUGUAUGUGUUGGCCUGAUCAUAUUUCCCCUCCAUUCGAACCUCAUGUAGCCUGUCUUUUGUUCUCCAUUCAUCCGUGUGCAAGUCUACACGAGCUUGCAAGGACAGCCUCAGCAUCGUAUCCAGC